CGCUCGGUAGCUCCUCCAUUGCGCUCUCUCCCACUCCCCACAUCCACGACUCGACGAGACCCUCUCGCCUCUCCUCGCUCCGUUCGGCGUCCGCCUCGACUCUUCCUCUUCUUCAUCAACCGCGGUCCGGCUCGUCCGAGGCGGAGGUGGGCUUCACUUCAAGGCUUCAAGCGACAUCCUUUGUCUUCAUCUUCGUUCAGGCUCACGCGCCGCCGCACGCGCACUCUCUUGAGCUCGCCACCUCGGCUCUUCCUCCUCUCGUCUCUCCGCAAGAUUGGCGCCGCUUUUCGCCGGACGUGGUUCCUCUCCGGGCAAGCUCCUGGCAUUAGUGCUUCACCUUCGGAGGACAAUAUGCGGUAUUUUAACGUGAUGAUCCUUGGCCCUACGCAAUCUCCUUAUGAAGGAGGAGUUUUCAAACUAGAGUUGUUUUGGCCUGAAGAAUAUCCUAUGGCUGCUCCUAAGGUUAGGUUUCUCACAAAAAUAUACCAUCCCAACAUUGACAAGCUUGGUAGGAUAUGCCUCGACAUCCUGAAAGACAAGUGGAGUCCUGCACUACAGAUUCGAGCUGUACUUCUUAGCAUUCAAGCUCUUUUGAGCUCUCCAAACCCCGAUGAUCCGCUAUCUGAGAAUAUCGCUAAGCAUUGGAAGACAAAUGAGGCUGAAGCUCUGGAAAUAGGUAAUGCUAUGUCUUUUGUGGUUUUACUGGGUCUCGAUAACUGUUUCUCCGAUCAUGUGGUACUUUGAAUGAUUGAGAUUUAGAUGACAAAUUUUUAUUAGCUUAUUUGAUUUUUUUCGCUU